AUGGCGACUGCCAUCGACAAGGCGGCUUUCGGCCAGACACUGUCUCACGAAAAUGGCACCGUCAUGAACGAUGCGCAGAACUACCAUGGCAUUGACACCCGCGCUAUCACCUCAGGCGUGGACGAGGUCUACGAGAGGAAGGUUGCCAUCAUGAACCAAGCCCUGAUCGACUUGGGUAUGGGCUCUUUCCAGUGGAAUAUAUUUGCCAUGACGGGCUUUGGCUGGUUUGUAGACAAUUUUUGGAUGCAAGCAAUCACCAUCAUCAGCCCACCAGUCCGCAACGAGUUCCAUGUCCAACGCAUUGCCUUCCUCACUGUGGCAAAGUACGCGGGACUAGUAGUCGGAUCGACUCUGUGGCCCAUGACGGCAGAUUUCAUCGGGCGACGCUUUGCCUUCAACGCCACCCUACUCUUGUCAUCUGUCGGUGGCCUGGUAGGUGCGGGAAGCCCGAACUUUGUCGCGAUCGCUACCUUCUGCGCGGUCAUCGGUCUGGGCACUGGUGGCAACCAGCCUGUCGACAGUGCCAUCUUCCUCGAGUUCAUUCCGGCCACUCACCAGUACCUUCUUACCAUGCAGUCUGCCUUUUGGUUUGUGGGCCAAGCUGUGGCGGCGUUGAUCGGAUGGCCCCUAAUCGCGAAUUUUUCCUGUCCAUCUGGCUCGAAGGUGUGCAAUUAUCAAGACAACCUGGGAUGGCGAUAUGCCUACUGGACAUUUGGCGGUCUCACUUUGGUCAUGUUCCUCCUACGACUCCUCUUCAAGAUGUACGAGACUCCCAAGUACCUCCUCGGGAAGGGGCUCGACAGCCAGGCCAUCGAAGUUGUGCAAAAGAUCGCCAAGCGCAACAAGACCACGACAUGGCUCACCAUCUCCCACUUUGAGACCGUCGACGCCGAGCUGGCCGCUCGCGUAGGCGAUAGUGAACCAUCUGCACCACCCAACACCGACUCGCGCAGCAUAGUCAAGAAGAACCUCAACAAGUUCAAGCCAGAAAAGAUCCGCUCUCUGUUCUCCAGCCCGCGCCUCGCCUUGUCAACGGCCCUCAUGCUCUUCCUCUGGUGCUCCAUCGGCAUGGCUUAUCCGCUGUACAACUCAUUCAUCCCCAUCUACCUCGAAAACAAAGGCGUGUCGCAGGGCCAUAGCUCGCUGAGCACCACGUACCGCAACUACGCCAUCCAGGCCGUCUGCGGCAUCCCGGCCUCCAUCCUCGGCGGCUUCACCGUCGACAUGAAGGUCAUGGGGCGCAAGGGCACGGGGUCGUUGGCGUGCAUAUGCACCGGGUUGUUCCUCUUCCUGUUUACGCGAGCGAACUCGCCCGCUGCCGUGUUGGGAUUUACGUGUUCGAUUGCGUUCUUCCAGAACCUGGUCUAUGGGCUCCUCUACUCGUACACGCCCGAGCUGUUCCCUGCCCCUAUCCGUGGGACGGCCAACGGCCUCGUCGCCAUGUUCAACCGGAUGAGUGGUCUUAUGGCGCCGAUCAUUGCUGCAACUAACACACCACCCUACGGUCCAACCGAUUAUCCAGUAUGCGUGGGACAUGAGAUCAUCGGGACGGUCGUCCGCGUAGGCUCCCGGGCAGAAGGUGGUCUCAAGAUAGGCGACCGCGUCGGCCUCGGGCCCCAAAGCGACUCGUGCCUCGGGCGCUUCGGCGACUGCGAAGCGUGUGCUUCCGGCAUGGAGCAGUACUGCACGGUCAGACACGUCCCCACCUACGGUGGCGUCCACUUCACCGGCGACAAGUCGCAAGGAGGGUACGCGCUGUACAGCCGGGCCCCUUCACACUUCGUCUUCAAGAUCCCAGACGAAAUCCCCUCAGAGCAUGCCGCUCCCAUGCUCUGCGCUGGGUUGACAACCUACUCGCCCCUGAAGCGCAACGGCUGCGGACCCGGAAAGAAAGUCGGCAUCAUUGGGCUGGGAGGUCUCGGCCACUUUGCAGUGCUCUGGGCCAAGGCUCUAGGUGCGGACAAGGUCGUUGCAAUCUCCCGGAAAGCGAGUAAGAGUGCUGAUGCGUUGAGUCUGGGUGCUGAUGUCUAUGUCGCGACUGACGACGAUCCGGAGUGGGCGCGGGACUAUGCUCGAUCUAUCGAUCUGAUUUUGUGCACCAUUUCCUCCUCAAGGUACGAUAUGCCGAUGGAUCAGUAUCUAUCCUUGUUACGUACUGGCGGGGUGUUCAUUCAGGUUGGGAAUCCCGACGAUGGCGUUUUCAAGUUGGCGGCGCCGUCAUUGAUCCUGUCAGGGACGAGUCUCCAAGGAUCGCUGAUUGGCCCCCCCGCCGACAUUCGCGAGAUGUUCCAGCUGGCUGUGGAUAAGAAGGUCAAGCCGUGGGUAGAAGUUCGGCCUAUGAAGAAUGCGAAUCAAGCACUGGUUAAUAUGGCGAAGGGGAUGGCCAAGUAUCGGUACGUGUUGGAGAACUGA